AUGUGGUCUUUGUAUCUGUGGCAGACUAUUCGCACUGUUCACGAGGCGACCGUGGCCGGUGGAGAGAAUCUGAUGAUCGAGUCCAUCGUGCCGACGACGGCCACGUCGUCGGUGGCAGAGGCUGUGGUCACACCGGCUACACAGGUCAUCUUCCUCGCUCAGGUCUAUCGCAUUGUCUUUGUUCUGGACAUGUCACCUUCGCUGGGUACUGUUGAUCGGGAGUCUGGAGUUGUCGAGCUCGACUCAAUGAUCGAGUCGCUGAGCAAGGCGCUGCGGGCUCUUGUCCAGCCUCAGACCAUUCCAGGGACUCGGACUCGAUUUUCGCCUACGUGCGUCAUCUCCGUCCUCGGCGCCGGCUCCAUGCUCGCACCCAUCAAGGUGCUCUGCCAGGGCAUCCGACUCACGCUCAACAACGUCUCGUCGGUGAUGGAGCAGCUCGAGGGUGCGCUGCGCGAGUUUGAGGCCGACCUCGCCCAGACCAUGCCUGGCUCGCUGUUCCGCGAGGACGAGGCCUCUGUUGGACUCAACGGCAUGCUGGCUGGCGGGCGGUUUGCCCUCAAUCUGCUUCCGUCGCGUGGCGCGUCGGCCAUCUGCAUCCUCACCGAUGGAGUCGUUGCCAUGGCGCCGUCGACCGGCUCGUCGACCUCGGCCUUUGACUCGGAAAUCAUUUCGCUUAAUCGUGCAGACAUCUCGUGCUCCAUGGUGCUUAUGGGCUUUGGCUCCAUCGAGCCCGAGCUGGCCCACGAAGCUCCGUUUGGACUUGUCCCUGACCACGAUCUUGCCCAGUAUGUGGCUUCGGCCACCGCAGGCUCGGUCUUUACCGCCCGCGAGCUCAUGGCCUUUCGCAUGACCGCCGCCAAGCCGGCCGCCGCCCGCUCAGCCCGUUUUGCGCCCGGCAUCUCAUCGCUUAUGGGCGGAUCGAACAGGUUCCAGUUUGCGCUUAUGUUCAAGACGCUCUCCUUUGCCUCGCCAUACCACCACCGGGUGGCCACCCACACGGUUGCGCCCUCGCCGUCGGCCAUCCCCGCCAUGAUGGCCGACGACCCGACGCUACUGCCGCUCCUCCGUGCUCCGUACACGUCGUAUGUAGUCCACGCGCACCCCAUUCCGCUCAUCGAGGCUCGGCUCCACGAGGGCUUUUGCAUCGACGCCGUCUCCAUCCACUCACUCGAUGGCGUCAAGCAUCUGCUGCUCAAGCUUUCGCUAUGCGGCGACUCCGGCUUCCACACCGGGCACAGUUACCCCAAGCCUUCAGCACUCGACAACGUUCCCGCCGCUCUCGGCCUCGGGCGUCUCGUCGGGUGUCGCACCCCCCUCUCGCGCGUCACUUCGUCAGGCCUUCUCUCCGCGCCAUCAAGCGCACCUCACAGCGGCCCGCACUCGACCUCGGCUUCGCCGCCGCCGCUCUCCGAGGCCAACCUCUCGACGUCAAGUAGCGAGCCACUGGCGGUUGUCCAGACGCUGCGGACAAGCACCGGCCGCGGGCCUGCCUCGCCGUCGCCGCCGCUCAAAGCCGCCGACUCGUCAGCGCGUCUUUUCCUCGACUCGCCCGAUCCGGGCUCGCCGCCGCCGCGCAACCUCACCACCUCGCCGCCGUCGACUGCACGCUCGCCGCUCUCGGGUCCCAUGCCACUCUCUACUCCAUCGUCGCCGCCGGGAACCUCAUCGCGCGCCCAUCUGUUUCCAACGCAGGCCACUUCGCUCCACCAAGCUUCCGGACUGACCGGGCUAGAGUCGGGCCGGGCCACAAGCGGCAAUGGUAGCGGACAUGAGCCGGGCGCUCCUCGCGCCUCUGCCCCGACGGAUGCACCAUCCCGAAACGAUGCCUCCGCCGCCGACGUCCGCGAACUGCGCAUCACCAUGCACAUUGUGGCCUACCACGCGUUCCUCGGCCGCUUUGCUGGCCUUGUUCGCUCCAACCGCUCGUCGGCCCUCGCACCGUCGACCGCCUCCUCACCGCUCUUUGCUCUCUCCGACAUCCAGCGCUCGUCCGGGCUCGCCGCGGUAGGAAAGGCCGGUUUGGGUCCGACCUCGGGCUCGGGCUCAGGCCCGGGCUCGGGCUCGGGUCCUGGCUCACGGACCAACCCGCGGCCGUCGACCCCAUCGUUUUCAGCAGGCUUUCCGGCGCCGCCGUCGGAUCCGGCGCCGGCUGGCGCCCGCCGACCCGACGGGCUUGCCACCGGCGACUCGGGCGACGCCGUCGAAGCGGGCAACCCGCUGCUCGGCGGGCGCGCCGCGGUUCGCCUCUUCCAGACUCUACGAACGCUCUCAUCCAUCGACUACCAGCUGCAGCAUACCGCGCUCUGCCUUGACGCGGCGCCGCUCGGUGCUAUUGUGGCCGCCCUGCAAGGUAUGGGGACAACGCCGGCCACAGCGCGGCGACCGGGCACGCCGUCGAGCACGCCGCACUCGGCCGCCAAGCCACCAAAGAGCAGCUCGGCCCAAGCCGGAGGUGGCAGCAGCGGCGGCAGCAACGGCGCAGAUGGCUCAGGAUCUGGGGCCACGGCCAGCGGUGCUAGCGGGGUUGAUUCAAGCGGGCAGGCAAGCUCGGUUCGCGCCGCCAAGGGUGGCAAGCCGGCGAUCAGCUCAGGAGCGGGAGCCAGCGGAGGUGAGGAGGCGGUGGCCACGCGUGCUCCGCCGCGGGUCGCGCCUAACCAGGCCGCGCUCUCGUGGUACGACUGGACCCAGGUCCACCGCCGGUGGUCCCGCUGGUUCCACGUUCAUUCUCAGUCUGUGCUGAUGGAGGCUGACGCCGGGCUUGAUGCCGGUGGAAUGACGACGACGGCGCUGAUGUCAACUCUUUCGCGGGCGGUUAACGAGAGCUCGGGCGGCGGAUCCAUACCAAACUCACGUGACGGAAACUUUUUGUCGUCUGCACGCAUCGGACCGUCUGCGCUCUUUGUUCCAUCGAUGGUUUUUCGUGGCUCGCAGUCUGCGUUUGACUCGUUCUACACCGGUGCUGGUUUUAUCAAGAUCGCACCGACCGUGUUUAUCAAGUUCUUUGGCUCGCAGGAGGGCGUGACGCCGAUCCGCCCUGCGUCAUCAUCACCGGCACCUGCAACGCCGCUCAACCGCUCGGGCUCGGGCCUGGGCGAGGGUCUUGCCGGCUCCAGUCGACCGGGGUGCGGACACGAGGGAGUCGACAAGAUUAGCAGUGGCGACCAGGGCAGCGAGGCGGGCAAGCCUCCAUCGCAGCCUGCCCGGCGCUCGCGGGCAUUGACGCCCGAGCUGGACGGAGGCGUGGCUGCUGGAGCAAGCGAAGCGGAUGCGGAUGAGAGCGGAAGCGGAGGCGGCGGGAAGAAGGCGGCAGCAAGCGAGGAGCCGCCGCCGGUGGUGCGGCGGAAGCGCAAGCCGCCGAUGCUCUCGCUGGCCAAGACGCCCAUCUCGACUGGGGCGAUGCGAGCUGACGUCUCGCGCGGGCGCGGGUUCUGCCUCAUGCGGUGCUCGUUCAUCCACGUCUCGUUCAUCGAGCUCAAGUUUGCUUUCUACAACAUCGGCUCGGUGGAGCGAAGCGAGUUUCUGGCCAAGCUUCAGGCCGAGUUGCGGCUUGCGGCCGACUACGCGACCGGGCGUAAGCUCUUUCACGACAUGCCCAAGUCGAUCCGGACCAUGCUGGUGGCGUACGAGGACAUGGUGGGACAACCGUCGACGCCGCGGUCAAUGGUGAUGCGGCGGGAGAGCCAAGCUGCAUCAAUGGGCGCAGUGACGCCUGUCACACUGACCCUAUCGGCUGUGCGCGAUGCCGGACUUCGCAUGCCGGGUUCGGUCUCGGGCGACCGACUUUCGGUGCGGUCUGCGUCGGCCUUUCCGAUGAUCAAGCGGUCGCGGGCACCACCACGGAUGAUUGUGGCACCGGCGUCGCCGAUCCUCUCGUCGUACAUGCUGCACAAGCGGUGGGUGUGGCACGUAGGCUCGAACGAGACGGCGCAGACCAUUGUGCUUAUGCUGGUCCAGACUCGAAUGGCCGAGUCGUUUUUCCUAACCUCGACCAACUCGUUCACCUUUGUCAAGCUUGUCGAGCUCGUUGCCGAAGUCUCCCGGCUCAACCCGCGGUCAGCGAUUGCGUCGAUGGCACAAGAUGGCGCGGUGUCACCAGAGCUGGCGCCGGACAUGGCGCUGCUGCAGUAUGUUGUGCUUCACUCGGACGCAUCGGUCGUCAUUACCGAGCUGUGGAUGGACCCGCAAGCGGUGUCAAAGACCUCGCACCCCGAGCUUGCGCACGCGCGCGCGCUUUUCGACCGCAUUGCCGCGUACUACGAGGCGCUUGAUCGGCUCAUCAUCACCACGCUCGUUUCGUACGAUGCGCUCGCCGACGCGACGGCACCACCGUCGACAAGUGACUCAGGCUCGUCUGGCGGCCCGCGGCCGUUCCCACGCCCGGUGCUCUCAGCGGAAACGACCUCGACUCCUGUCGACGAGCCGGCCUUUGAGCGGAUCGGGCUCCUCCUCUCUGGUCUGCUGGUCUCGUCGACGCUCUUUGGCUUCCCGAGCUCGCUCCCGACUGCGGCGGCGCCCGACUGCGGACAGUCUGGUGUGCCCUUCCUCCGGUUCUCCGGCGUCGAAGCGAAUAAGGCGUACUACUUGCUGUUUGUGCGCGACUUGGAGAUUUCAAUGCACGCCGAGAUCGAGCUGGACGCAUCGGAUCUCGAGUGGCUGAGGGACUAUUUCAUGGGCGAAGCGCUCGAGACAAAGGCGAGCAAGGACGAAGGCGAGGACGAGGACGCAUGCGAGUGCGAGGGCGAAAGCGGGGGACUUGCCGCUUUUGCCGCUCGCGGCUUUGUCCAACGUCACGGCGACGACAUCGACCUUUGCUUUGUGCCGUCGCUCGAGUCGGCGGUGGCGGUGCUCAAGGGAAAGCCCGGCCCAUAUCCUAUGCUCUAUCUGCGCGUUUACCGGCCGGACAACUCGCUGCUCAACACGCUCAUGUACCAUGUGACGGGCGUCUCGUCGCUCGACAACUCCCCGCCCGAGUCUGCGCUGCGGGUUCUCUCGUCCGAGUUUGACAAGACGCCGCCCAAGUCGAUGUAUGCGCUUGCCAAGUGGGGCAAGGCCUCUGGCGAGGCUGCGGUCUUUUUCCAGGCCUCGCCAGCGAUGUCUGAGUCACAGGCCGAGCUGGCAGCGGCUGGCGAGGCGAGUGUGCCGACAAGUCCGAACCGGAAUGGGCCGCCUGUCUACGCCAUGCCAGGCCUCCGGACCAAAGCGUCUGCGCCGCUCAAGCGCAGCUGGUCGUCGUCGUCGUCGUCACACGCGCACGAGUCCGGGUCCAACCCCGGCGGCUCGAUGUUCCGGUCGAUGUCGAUGGCGCUCUCGCAAUCUGUCACCGUCGACUCCCCGCCGCUGUCGGCGACGUCGUCGACGUCGCCCCACCGCGGCUUUGGCUCUGACGGAGCAGAGCCGACGUCGCCGGGUACCCGCGACUCGCACUCGUUCGAGCUCAUGCUGCAGGAUGUGUCUGCAGCGCACACGCGUGCCUCACUUCGGGCGUUGUACAUUCGGCUGGCGAUGGGCGAGCCAAUUGACGACGACACGCUACAGGCGGCGCUGGGCCAACUGGAGACGUCGGAGACCUCGUUUAACGUGCUCGAGUUUGUCAAGGUGCUCUCGCACACGCGCAGCCUCCUCACUGGCGACGACGGGGCGAGCGAACUGGCGACGACGCUGGCGCACUUGAGCUCGCGUGUCGAAUCAACGGUAGAGGAGAUUAUGGGACAGUACUUUACGGCGCUACCCAACUUUCCGGGUAUUUACUUUCUGGAUCCGCGCAAGGUCUCGCGCGGGGGUGCACUCCCACUCGAGCCCGAGGCACUGGUGGCGUCCGAGUUCACAACGCCGUUCUUUGUGCGAUUCGAAACGCGGUCGACGCGGCGGUCAGUGUCGCGUGCGGCGAUCGAGUACGCACGGGUCCGCAAGCGGGUGACCUCGCUCCCGGUCGCACUUGACGACGAGAGCGAUGGCGUGCAGCACUCGCUCCACUUUGCCAUUGUGUGCCUCUCGCUGCCGGUGCCAACGUGGCCAGUACCGUAUGGAACCAGCUCGGCGCACGAGCCAGCUGCGGCGACGUCGCGGAGUGUUACGUCGCGAACGGGCUGGGACCCAGAGCUAGCGACCGACGGAGGACCUGUGGUUGUGGCCGGGCGGCAUCUCGACUUGACGGCGGUGGCGACGCGGAGCGUGGCAGAGCGCAAGGCGAUGCUGCGGUCUGGCGGUGGCGACAGCUCUGUGAUGUCGUCGCCAACGCUGACACCAACGCCGACGCCGACGCCGACGCCGUCGACCUUUUCGCUGCUCUCGAUCCUCGGCGAGUCACCGCAGCUGGCAGGCAAGAGCUCGAGCGGGAGUGGGUCGACCAAGACCGGGACCAUGCGGCGCCAGGCGCCGUUUGUGCGGUCCGCGGUGGCGCAGGUCGAGACGAACCUGCACGACUAUGUGUUGCACAUGAUCAUGCUUCACAAGCGUGGGUUCCCGGUGAACCACGCGGUGCUCGACUCUGUGGCGCAUCGGAUGCGGUCGUCGCCGUUUUGCGUCCAUCUGCGAGCGGCUGUACCACUCUCGCCGGUGGCGGGCAUUGUGCGGUCUGCCUUUUACGACAAGCUCGCCGAGUGGUUCUCACGGUACCCGCAUCGGAUGGAAAUCGAGGCGCACGGUGGGUACGUGUUAGUGACGGCGCUACCCGAGGGUGCGAUCCGGGCAGUGGCCGCAGCGCGUGAGCCUGACCUGGCGGAGGAAGUGUGCGGACAGAGCGGGGCGCGACUGGAGGAGGCGCUGCCCGAGCUUGUGGAGGGCUCUGCAGGUGCAGACGCUGUGGCACGAGCUCGGGCAGACGCGAGCGCCUCGCCGUUCUGGCUCUUCAUCUCGCUCGACCGGAAGCAGGCCGAGGCCAACGUGACGUUUUACGCAGACGCGUCUGUCGACUUUGGUGUUAUCAUUGUGCAGUAUUGCCAGGACACUGUGCUGAGUCUUGCGCGCGAGGUCAAUCAAGACUUUCUGCUCAAUGCGAUGCAUGCGCAUCCGACGCACGAGGCCUCACCGCAGCUGCUUGGAACCGAGAGCGGCACCAGCGGCGAGCUGGGUUGCGAGCGGCUCAUUGUCUUUGAGGUUGUCCUCCACCACCGGGUCCAGCCCAAGGUGGCGCUCAAGAACAUUGCACAGGACUUGCAGGUGCUGGCCAUUUCGCAGCACCCACUUGCCUUUGUCUACCGCGACUCGGCCAACGACGGGGCAGGGCGGAAGCCAUCGCGACUAGUGGUUGAGCUGCACGGCAUCGAGACGCCGCCGCACGAGUCAAUCUCGGAGCUGCAGCGGAUGCUGCAGGACAAGGUGCGCAAGCUGACGAUCAAGGCGCUCUGCGCCGCAUACGUUGGCUGCCCGCUGGUCUCGCUCUCGUCUCAGGAUCUCGAGUUUCUGCAGUCGGCGUCCCAGACGGCAGUUCGCGAGCUUAUUGUGCCAUUGCCGAGCCAGUUGUGCGACGUUUACACGUACGCAACGUUUGUGCGGCAGGCGCUGCUGCAGUUCUGUGGGCUUGUGGAGCAGGUGUCAGACGAGGCGAGCGAGGCACGCGCAGCGGGCGGCGCGGCGGCAAGCAGCAACGUUGAUAGUUCGGGCCCGCUCAAGCGUGUACCGUCGGACACGUCGCUGCGAUCGCGGGCAUCGUCUGCCGGCGCGAACCUGAUGGUCUCUGUUCCGCGGGCCGAGUGGGUGUCAGGCCCGACGGUGGCGGCAAUGGCGAUCGAUGAGCCUGCAGGCGAAGACGGUGAUGAGAGGGUGAACGAGGGCGAACGAUUUGACAUCACGACGCCGCUCAAGAUCUCCAAGGCAGGGCUCUCGUUCAUCAACGUCGGCAUGGACCGGACGGGAAACGGCAUCACGACGAUCGGGCUGUCUGUCCUCGACGCACACGGCGAGGGCAUGGAGGAGUUCCCACGGCCAAGCACAGCGGCACCGGACGCCAAGGUCGAAGCAUGGUUCCCGAACCUCGACGGGCCGACGACAGGAGGCAAGCAGUGGGUUCGCGGCAUGUCGCGGGAGGAGCUCGCAGCGGCGCUGAAGAACGACGUCGGGUUUGAGGGCGGCGUGGUGCAGGCUGUCGAAUCGUGGUCAAACCUUGCGGUGUACGAGGGCGAUGCGGUGGCGAGCGUGUUCAAGGGCGAGGCGAGCGAGUUUGAGUACGCAUGGCGGGUCCAGCUGUGGGCGUGCGGGUCGCGACCUGUGGACGAGGUGGCGCGCAAAGUGCGCGAUGCGCUCAACGCCUCGGUGUGUGCCAGUGCCGUGGGACGCGUUUCCGCGGCGGGCGCUGUUCCCGAUGCGGGCGAUUAUGUCGCGGAUGGCGGAGCUUGCGGCGCCGGGGUGCUCGAGCUUGCGCUGGAUGCGCCUGUGCCGAUGUAUGCCGAGGUCCGGUUUGCGACCGAGGUGCUGGGCAUGGUGGAGGGACUUGUGCCGGCGCUGCAGUCGAGGCUGUUUGUGUCUGACCCUGGCAGCCGGGGUGUGCUUCGUGAGGUGGUUCGUGGGAAGCAGCUGUCGCGGCGGCCGUUCAAGGACACGUAUCCCAAGUCUGUGCUUGUGGAGGAAGACGCCAAGGAGUACCGUGGACGACGGCGGCUUGUGGUACUUGGUGGGCAUCCCAACGUGCGGGCAAGACGCGACGCGGCGCUUGGGUGGACUGAGGGCGGCGGGUCAGACUUUGCAGCAGCCGACAUGGCGCACCCGUCGAUUCUUUCUGCCGCGCUGCGAGUCAACAUUCAGCGGCGUCCGUUGCUGGUAGUCAAGCUCGAGGCACGGGAGCUCUCUGUCCUGGUCUACAACUGGCAGUCUACCAACAUCUCGGCGCUGCAGGGGGAGCUCGAGCAUGCGAUGCAGUGGACGCGGCAGCGGUCGUCGCUCCUCGCGCUGGUGACGCUGCAAAAGCUUGGGCUCUUUGCGCAUGCCAAGCCGUACCGGAGCGAGUUGGCGACAGGCAAGGUGUAUGGGAAGCGUACUCUGAUGGCUGCGGUCAAGGAGCACAGGACGGGCGCCAAGGAGGGGAGCGGAAGAGAGGGCCGGACACGAGGCGGCAGUAGGAGCGCGAGCGCCGGGAUGGCGAGCGUGCAGCUCUCCGAGGUUGAUGAGAUCACGCGGUGGAUGUUCCCGCCCGAGCGGCAGAGCGGGACGCGAGGCGGCGGGCGCGGGCGCGGGUCGCGGCUGAUGCGGACUCGACGGGCGGGCGGCCAUAGCCGGCGGGCGAGCGGGAGGGAGGGCCGGCGGCUCAACAUGCAGCAGGAGAUCAGCAAGGCACUUGCGCGAGUCCGGGUCGGGUCGGUGUACCGACAGCUGUAUGUGCUGCCCAAGCUGGAAAUGCCCGUCAUCGUGCUCAAGAGCAAGGGAGCAUACGACGCCGUGUACCGGCACAUGGAGCAGCUCAAGUACGUGGCGCAGAACGCCGUCAAGGUCCGGACUGUGGAGCGUGAGGUGAACGAGGCACACGCGCGGUGGCGGAUGUACUCGCCGGACUCGUCGUCGUCAAUCUCGCCAGAGGAGCUUGCCGAGUCGAUCCGGCUUGUGCUACGGUACUCGCGGGUCAUUUCCGUCAACCGAACGCCGAUUCAGUUCACGCGGGCGUCAUCGGUUCGUGGCUCGCGGUCUGUGUCGCUGCUUGCGGAGGCGAGCGGCGGAAGCGGGCGAGAGAGUGACGCAGCAGCGCGCAGGCUCAUGCUGGGGGUGAGCUCGGAACGGCGGCAGGGGCCGGAGGUCUCGUCGCGGAUCGGAGGUACUGAGGUCCCGCUGUACGCAUACUUUGCCGAGACGUUCCUGGAGGACUAUGUGGAGUACCUGGAGAGCCUGGGCAUGCUGCUUGUGGUCUCUGCCUCGCCGGCGUCAAUGACGGGCGAGUCGGAAGCCAAGGCAACUACGACAAAGCCGGAAGGACGCGAGCUGGCUUCACAGCGAGUGCGGCGGGAGAUGGCGGCGGAAGGCGGUGCAAGCGGGCCCGAUGGGGCUAGCGUGGCCGGAACGAGCCCUAAACGGGCGGCUGUGCGCGCUGUGCUGCCGUCGCAGCCCGGAGUGUUUGCGCCUACGUCGAACGCAGGGCUCUCGAGCGCGAGCGCGGGCUCAUUCCUGGCAGACGCUGGGGUACGCAUUCCGAUGCCGACGCUCUUUCUACAGCAUGUGUACCGUGGUGGGAUUCUCCUCAUCGAGGUCGGCUUCCGCGACGUGUUCAUCCGGCUCAAUGUGUUUGGGAUGCAGUCUUCACGAAUGGGGCUGACGUCGCGGUCAACGGGUGCGGAGCGAACUGCGGAGCAGCGGCAAGUGACGCACGAGUACACGGUGCUCAAGUCGAAGCUCCACACCAACUCGUUUGCGUACGACUUUCAUUGCCGCAAGUUCCACAUGUUUGUAGCUGCACGGGAACACCGGUUCCCGGGCUCGUUGGACAUGUUGCAGGUGCUGAACAACACAGUGGUGUACUACUACAAGCGGCCCAAGUACGCGCGCAAUGUGGUACAGCUCCAUCAGCUGCGGAUGGUGCUCGAGCCUGGGAUCUCGCCGCAGGCGCUAUUUGACUACAUGGUGGUGCACGCGGAGCGGUACGGAUUUACCAAUAUGCGGAGCGUGCGCGCGCUGUCUGCGCCUGCGCUCGGGUGCUCGGGCACGUUGAGCGAGGUUGUGGGGAGUAGCGACGGCGAUGAGUCUGGCUCGCGGUGGGAAUACUCUCUGCUUGCGCUGUGCAUGACGCGAAAUGUGCCGUCGGGUGCCCUGUGGCAGUCGUCGGGCGGGCGCGGCCGGCGGGCGUCGCCGGCAACGUCGCUGGAGGUCGGUUCGCUCGGCGGAAUCGACAUUGCGACUGGGCGGUCAUUGCUUGGUGGUGCCGAUGUGUACUUUGUGGGCGAGGGCGGCGAAGUUGUUCGGGCCGGAAGCUGUAGCGGAAACGGCGGAGGUGGCCGAGGCGGAGGUACCAGCGAGCCGCAGGGAGUCGAGCGGCGGCAGCGAGCCGGGCAGGUGCAGUACGGUGCGACUAUGGCGUCGUCGUCUUUUGUCUCGCCGAAAGUGGGCGGGAUGGACAAGGGACGGAGUGGCGCGGACUGCGGGGACGACGAGUGGGUCGAGGUCGGUAACGUACUGCUCGUCCCAUUCUACAUCGUUGUGGUCGACACGCUCAACAAGAUGCCGUUCAAGGAGCGGGCGGAUCGCGAGCCCGGGGCACCGGGUGUCCUGAGCGACGGUGUGGUUGCAGACGUUGUGGAGCACGGGCGCGGAAGGAUUGGCCAGCUCGUGGCGCGGGCCAAGGUCGACUACGUGACGGACGAUUACUGGGCGCGACUGCAGUCGUCAGUCGAGGGUGGACAAAUGCUAGCGGUGGCCGAGUUUUCGGCGCUGAUGCAUUUGGUUUGGCGGCGGCGGUUUGACGAGCUCGACCCGUCGCUGCGAAGCGUGCUCCACAAGCCUGGAGUACCGUGGCUCGACUUUGUGGGCUACCUGGGGCUUGUGCCUGCGAUUGCGGCGCGACUUCGCGUGGUCCAGGAGGACGAUAAGGUGCACGUGUUUGUGUUUUCAGCAGAGCGCGCGUGGGACGCUGCAGCGCAUGUGGUGAUUAGGGAUGCGGGUCGGAUCGCGCGGUUCUAUGUAGUUGGCCGUGAAGCGUCGCUCCUUGCGCGGGCGUCGUCAGGUGGAGUGAGCACAGAGCUACAGACGCUAGAUCUGCUUCAUCGCGACCUGGUGACUGAGCUUGUCAACAGCGCCCUGCACUGGAUGUGGAAGGCGAUGGUCGGAGGUGGUGGCGGAAGCGUGGUUGGCAGCGGGCGGCGGCCGAGCCUAGGCCGAGUGCUCUCGUAAAGCGUUUACGGGCCGAA